AUAUGGCGGUUGUCAGCCAGACAAAGACAGUCAGUCUGAUGUGAUUGAGACAAGGGAGGUUUUCAGGGGGAGACUGGGAGAUAGGGGGCUCCCCUCCCCCCUCUGUUCUUCCUGCGCGGGCCUGGAGCCCUCCUCAGCCCCUCCCGCCGGGCGCCCCGCGGUGAAGAUCCCCUCCCCCCCCUCCCGUCUUCCUCCUCCCUCCCUCAGCCUUGCUCUGGGACGCUGGGGAGGGGGCUGAGCCGGGUGCCGAGAACUCAGCCGGGUUUCCGAGGGGAGGUGGGCAUGUGAACAUGUCUUUUCCUGCUCCAUCAUGACCCACAUCUGCCUAGAAGGUUGACUUAGCAUCUGUGAACCAGCACCAUAGUCAGCCGCAGCAGUGCGAGAGACACAGCAUUGAACCCUCUGACAUCUUAGCCCAGAAUGGUAAAUAAGGCUGGCCAUCUCUGGAAAGGCCAUUGAUCCACCUCAUGUAAAGUAUGCUCAGUUCCUUUCCAGUGGUUUUGCUGGAAACCAUGUCUCACUAUACAGAUGAACCCAGAUUUACCAUAGAACAGAUAGAUCUGCUCCAACGUCUUCGGCGUACUGGGAUGACCAAACAUGAAAUUCUCCAUGCAUUAGAAACUUUGGACCGUCUUGAUCAAGAGCAUAGUGAUAAGUUUGGAAGGAGGUCCAGCUACGGGGGAAGCUCAUAUGGGAACAGUACCAACAAUGUUCCAGCAUCUUCCUCUACAGCCACAGCUUCCACGCAGACCCAGCACUCCGGAAUGUCCCCAUCACCCAGCAACAGUUAUGAUACCUCCCCACAGCCUUGCACUACCAAUCAAAAUGGGAGAGAGAACAACGAUCGAUUGUCCACAUCCAAUGGGAAGAUGUCGCCAUCUCGAUACCAUGCAAACAGCAUGGGUCAGAGGUCAUAUAGCUUUGAAGCCUCAGAAGAGGACCUAGAUGUAGAUGAUAAAGUGGAGGAAUUAAUGAGGAGGGACAGCAGUGUGAUAAAAGAGGAAAUCAAAGCCUUUCUUGCCAAUCGGAGGAUUUCCCAAGCAGUUGUUGCACAGGUAACAGGGAUCAGCCAGAGCCGCAUCUCUCAUUGGCUGUUGCAGCAGGGAUCAGACCUGAGUGAGCAGAAGAAAAGAGCAUUUUACCGAUGGUAUCAACUUGAGAAGACAAACCCUGGUCGUGGUAAUGAGCCCCGCCUCAGGAAUAUCGUUACCAUUGAGAUACCUUCUGCCGUACCACUGCAGAGAAAGCCUUCAGGCAUGCCAGGGGCUACGUUAAGUAUGAGACCUGCCCCUAUUCCAAUAGAGGACCCUGAAUGGAGACAAACACCUCCCCCAGUCUCUGCCACACCUGGAACCUUCCGACUCCGACGAGGGAGUAGAUUUACCUGGAGAAAGGAGUGCCUAGCUGUCAUGGAAAGUUACUUCAAUGAGAAUCAAUAUCCAGAUGAAGCAAAGAGAGAAGAGAUUGCCAACGCUUGCAAUGCAGUCAUACAGAAGCCAGGCAAAAAGCUGUCCGACCUGGAACGAGUUACCUCGCUGAAAGUUUAUAAUUGGUUCGCUAAUAGACGGAAGGAGAUCAAGAGGAGAGCGAAUAUCGAAGCAGCAAUCCUGGAGAGUCAUGGGAUAGAUGUACAGAGUCCAGGAGGCCAUUCCAACAGUGAUGACGUGGAUGGGAACGACUACUCCGAGCAGGACACUUGGCAAGCACGCAAUGGGGAGGAGGAGGAGGGAAGAAGUUCAGAGGGAGGCAGAGAAGCAGAGAAGGAUGACAGCACGAGCCAUAGUGACCACCAGGACCCCAUCUCACUAGCUGUGGAGAUGGCAGCCGUCAACCACACUAUCUUGGCAUUGGCCCGGCAGGGAGCCAAUGAGAUCAAGACAGAGGCCCUGGAUGAUGACUGAUGAGGGAGGAUCACACAGUUAACUUAGUUUAGACGUAGCACCUUAGCAGACUUUCCUCGGUCCUUAACAUGUGUUCUUACAGUAUAACUUACAGUUUCUUGUAUGUCAGGUAGCCGUUAGGGUCUUGUUCUGUGAAGAUGGCAUGGUGCCCUCAGCCUUUGCAUAUACUCUCUCAGUAUUAAAAUCCCAGUAAGUAAUAACCAACCAACCAAACGUUCCUCUCCCAGCCCCUGAGGCUAAACAAUCUCGCUGCUCCGUCUUAGCAUUCCAAGAAAGUGCUUCCAGGUAUUUAGAUAACCCUCAGUUCUCGAAUACUAGGCUCUGUGUAAAAUCUUGGGUACCUUUAGAUUCAUGUACCACUAGGCUGUACCCCGUUCCUGCCCCAAGACUGACAGGAUGCAAGCUGAGGUAGUGGCACAGGACCGACAGACACCAUCCGGGAAGUAUCCACCAUGGAGAGCAAGGAGCACUAGAGCCCCGCCUCAGCCGGAGAUUGGUUGAUUCAGCUGCAAUAAGCCGUGCCUCCUAGUCACAGCGUGGCUAGACUAUACUUCUUUGGGUGCUGUGCUAAGAAUGCCAUUGGAAUCCCGAGCUCAGUUCUUGGUUAAUGUUAACAUGCCCAACACAGACAUCCUUUCCUCUUACAAGCUGUGUGACUUAGUAGAUAACAUACUGCCUUCUGCCUUUGGGACCACGAUCCUAAAACAAAAAUGACAAAAAAAAACCCCAAGUUCUGAAAAGCAAAACCCCAGCUUGAGAGCAGUAGGGGAGAGUAUGAGCUGAAUGUCGGAUGGAUGCUAAGCCCACUUCUCAGAGCCUCUAUACAUUCCACACUCGGUACCAGCGCCUGCCUGGGAAAGUGCUGGAGAUAACAUGGAAGUCGCUUUGCCUCCUCUGGGUGCCCCUUCCCUGCUGCCCUAAGAGUCUCUAAGGAUAGAGCCGAGAUCAAAAGUGAGUGAAAGAGCAGGCUUUGAACCCAUCACCUGAAGCCUGCCCAGAGUUCCAGCUAGGACUCUGUCGGGAUUGUCACAGAUGCAGAUCCUUGCCUAGCCAGGGGCAGAAAAAGCAGGGGACAUUCACCACUUGUAUCGUGAGUGUGGGGGACACAGCAGGACGUGUCUGCUUUGUUCCCUUGACUCUGUCCUUGUGGAGGUGUGAAAGCUAUAUUGCUACAGGCAAUUUAUUUAAUAAUUGGAAGCCAUAUUGAUAAUGGAUGUGGUAAUAUUUGUAGUUUAAUCUACUUUAAGCGGCAGUAACUAAUGGAAAUUUUUUCCUUGAUCACAUAUGUAGCACUUUUGUUACUUUUUAAAGAUAUUUAUAUUUGAUAAAUCUUUUUUUCAUUUUGAGAACUCAAAAUACCAAACCGUGAACUUGCGUUAUAAAGUCACCCUGUGAUCACCUUGUCAUCUAGUAGCAAAAUGAUGAACUAUUCAUGCAUCAAAGAAAAUUACAUCUGCUGGCCUUGUAUGAAAAUGAUCCUGGCAACCUGAUUAAAUGGCACACUGUCACUGUGGGUAAGAAGCAGCAGCAGCCGUCAGUGUGGGGUGCGGUGUGUGUCUGAGAGAGGCUCCGUGUUUUCUGCCUCAUCCCAUCUCUCCUCCGUGGGUCUGAUGGAGCCUUGUUUGGAGGACAGUGUGGAAUGGGCCGUUAAGCAGGGCUUCCGUCUCUUUGUCCAUUACCUGAACCAGUUUCUAAGAUAGAGAGUAGGUACCGUCUCUUUAACCUCCUCCUCCCUCAGCAAAUGUGUUGAACUUCAAAGCUGUUGAGGGAGGAGGGCACACGACCCUCUUCUCCCCUUCUGGCUGGCCGGAUACUCGGGAGCCACAGCAUGUAGCUGGUCUUACUGGGGCACACUCUGACUGCAUUAUCCCUUUAGGCUUGGUGAGUCUUGGUUACUCCAAUGUGAGGAGUCGUCCUUGAGGGCCCUGAGGAUGCUACCCCACCUACGUCUGUGACUUUGAAGAGCUCUAGGCAGGGCCUGGUCCUGCUCCUGUCCAUGGAUUUCCGGGGGAAAUGUACGUUCUUCCCAGCUCCAAAAGCUGAAGUAACAUGGAGCCAUCUUCUCUUACUGUAGUACUUGAACCCACAGAUUUAAGAGUAGCAGUUCUUAUUCUCAGGAACCCCCACACCUACUUAGAACCUUCCAUGGUUUAUUUGAUUUUUUUUUUUUAUUUCACUUAGGAGAUUGCAUUGUCUUUCUUUCCUUUUGUUUACUAAGAAGAAAUAUACCUAUUGUGUCUUUCCUCCUUGGUCGAGUUUUGUCUGCUUCUUCUCAGUUGGAUCAGAAAGAACGGGAUGGGGGGACCAUAUUUUUCUGACAAGCCACAUCCAUGAGUGACCAGGAGGUGAUUAUGAUUGACAGCUUCUUUCUGGCGCCGUCCUCUCGUUAUUUGUUCUUGGUUGCCGUUUUAAAGGAACAGACCCCAGCCGCUAAGACAGCUCCAGUUUCUAAGGGAACUCUGACUGCAUCAGAAAAGCAAAAUGUUCUGUUGUCCGAAGACCUUUGAGAGAGAGAAAUGCAGCAGAGGCUACCGAGCCCCGGCUGGUGCAGGCAGUGCCAGUCUGUGUGGUAGUGUGGUGGCACCAGAAGAGCGUAGUUGCCGGAGGCCGGCUCUACUGAGCUAGCUAGAGGGCCUUGCUAGUCCUUCUGCUGGAGAAGCUGCCGCACGGCCACCGACUCAGGGCCUUACGAGGAAGCUGUGCUAUCUGGCCCACAGUACGGAUUUGCUUCUUUGGGAUCGAGGUUCAAAUCUACCACCAGGUCGUUUUCGGGGGUCACCAGGUCAGAUUCUCCUUUUGUGUCUAGGUGUCCUUUUGAGCUCUUGGGAUAGCCACAGAGCUGCACGGUCAUUCUCCUUCCUGUGGACGGUCAAUCUUUGCUUGAGCUUUUCCAGCUUUUAGGUGAAAUCAGAAACUCCCGCUCCCCAUGCUGAGAGGAAAAGAGCUGGGCUAGACUCGUCCUGUGUUGUCCUUGCAUGCCUGUCUGUCUCUGCUCUCACCUCCAGUACCUCCCGCCGCCCUGGAGAUCUCUUUCAGGAAUUGUGCCUUCCUGACCGACAAGACGCUGAAAGGGGCGAGGGAGGGGCACAGCCACCAUAGUGUGUGCUCUGAGUGUUUGUUCAAGUGCUUGGAGUUACUGUUGCCGGAUAGGAAGGUAACUUCCCAUCUUCUAAUACCUUACGUGCAUGCGACCUCUUAACAAAGGCCUGUCUUAAGAUAUCCCUGCCUAGCUGAAGACAGUCACAGCCAGCAGCAGAGGAUGGCCAGGAAGGGCAGUACAGUGCUUUCCUGUGUGUGACUCCGCAGUGCCCUCAGAACCCAGGAAACACUUGAGUUCACAGCAGCCAAGUUUGUGUGGAAUACCGUAUGAGGCAGCUGCAGGAGCGGGGGCCUGGGAUGGGGAGGCAGACGGCCCUCGGUUCCUUUCACUCCAGCCCGGUAGGUGAUCUUACAAAGACAGCUCUGGUUCCUGGGAGGUUCAUCAUUCCGCUACACCUAUUUUUUCAGUAUAUUUUUACCUCAUAGGGAUAGCACACGGAGAGUUCUGAUGCAGUCGUCUCAGCUCUCUCCUUUAGGAAGUCUUCUUGAAUACCAGUCGUCAGGCACUAGCGAUAGCAGACCCUAGUCCAUCAGGAUGCUCCCAUCACUUCCCAUCUCUCAUCUGAAGGGCCCCCCUUCCAUUUUCUAUUUCAGCACUGCAUCUCUGUCUUGAGCUGACUUCACGGAUGUUUUCUCUCUUCUGACCACAAGCUUAAUGGGUAGCAUUUAGUCUGCCUCGGAAUUUGGACCUCCUUCCUGUUUUGGGCAGCCAGAACUCCAUCUGCCACGCCUGUUGCCUUUGUCUGCACACUGAGAAUGAUCCCCUUUCCACGGUGACUUCUCUAGCCUGUUCUAAAAGUGUUCCCUUCGAGUCCUUAUUCUCCCUGGCCCCAGAAAGGAUUUGGUUAGAAGCAGCUUCAGCCCCACCCCCACCCCCUUUGUUUGUUUGUGAGACAGGUGUUCUCUGUGUAGUCCUGGCUGUCCCGGAACUCACUCUGUAGACUAGGCUGGCCUCGAACUCAGAGAUCCCCCUGCCUCUGCCUCCUGAGUGCUGGGAUCAAAGACAACAUUCCCAUUUUAACUCAGCUCUGCUGUUAAAAGCCAGAGAACAGGCUGGAUUUUUCCCGUGAGCCUCACCAGGUUCUUAGGCAAUAACUUUUCUUGUGGUUGGUGGUCUUGGGCUCAGUGGCUCUCUGCCUCCUGCAGGGCAUCAGUCUCUGGUCAUCUCUGUGAUGUCAUCUGUUGCUGUGAUUAUCAGCUCUGUUUCACUACUGUAUUCAUUGAGGCUGCACUGAGACCAGCCAAAUCCACUUACAGCUUUCCUGAGCCAAACUUAGUUUUUAAGAUUUCCCAAGUGAAGGUUGGGCACAUUGACCAGUAAUGCUGUGCGUAUGUUUGAGUGGGAGUUGGGUGGGGGUGCAAUGGGACAGGGGUAGGAAUUACAGCAUUCCUUUGGGGUGUGUGUGUGUGUGUGUGUGUGUGUGUGUGUGUGUGUGUGUGUGCAUGCACGCAUGCAUGCUUUGUGUGUGUGCCAGCAUGCUUACUCAGGAUUGGGCCACUAGUUGUCAUCCAUACUGAAUUUAGCAAACUGAGCUAUAGCUCUGAAGACCCUUUACCACUGUCUCCAUAGCGUGCGUUAUGACUGUAACAGUGAGCACCCAGACAACAGGAGACUUUCCAAGGAGGCAGCCAUGGAUGGCCAGCCGCUUUCUAAGGCUGGCAUGGUAGCAUGUGCUCAGAACAGGUACUGCAUAGUCUCCUUCAUCACACACCCUCCAUUUCAGAGAUGACCAUCCCUUGAGAAGAUUGAUUUCCUUAUUGCGCUAGAGAACUGACAUACGAAGGCAGUCGGGGAGGCUUAGGGGGCCGUCACAUCAUCAGACCCGUGUUCUGGUUUUAAAAGCUCCUCUCUUACCCAGUGUGUGCCGUCUGUUUCUAAACUGUGCCUCGUGCCAGCAUACAGGACUGACAGGCGCUCAGAAGUGAAGCCUUGUGCCUAUGUGUGGACUGAGAAGCUGGGAGUUUGAAGACUGAAAGGUUUCUGUAGCUGUUUCAUUACUGUCUUGAGGGUGGGGAUAAGAAAACAAAUCAGGAAAAAGUCAGCUAAGAGCCAGAGCCACCUAGACCUCCCCAGCACUGGUUUUCUCCUGUAACCAAUGUCCCUGUCAUCUCGUCACCAAGGUGUUUGCCUUGGGAUUCCAGAUGUCCCCAGGCUGCCUUGUCAUUCUUGCCCUCCAGUCAGAACUAAAUCUAGUUGGUUCCAUUCAGAUGAGAUGUGAGGAGCCGCCUUCCACGGGUGGGGUUCCCUCCCGCGCUCACCCCACCCUUUACCUCCAGCCCUUGCUGGGCAGCACGGGAACUUGGCUGCCAUCCUUGGCUGCCAAGCCCUUUCAGUCUCCAGCGUUCAGGCUGUACAGCUCCACGCACUGUUGUUGAGGAACUUGGUGCCCCACUUAGAACACCCAAGAGGCCAGCUCCCCUGACUCCAUGUCCAUCUUCUCUCUUUAAAUAAGACUGGCUCCAUACAGCCAUAAUUAACUCGCAAAUUCAUGAUGGUGUACUGUGAUCAAAUGAAGGUUUGGCUGAAUCUUUUUUCAAAUUGUAACCAUGGUAAUUGAGGGGGGUGGCAUAGAAUGAAUAUAUAAAAGUAUAAUGGCAAUUGUUCCGAAUGACUGAGUGUCCUCCUGACAUGUAAUUAGCUGUUUUAGCAGGAUGUAGAUUGGCAUGGUCAUAAUUAAGAGGAUUUCUGUCCUUUAUGUGGUUGAGAAUAGCAGGGCACCCAUCCUUGUUCCCUUUGAGCACCAAUGCUCCCAAGAACAUUUGGAACAGCAGUUCAGUAAACCAAAUAAUGACAUAGGAUUCAUGUCCCACCCAAGUGAGAGAGGACGGGGAAGCAGUUCAGGUCCAGAGUGGAUUGCUUAUUGCCUGCCGCUGACUUGUAAAUUCUGUGAAACCUCUGUCCAGUUUCAACCUAUGCUACUUGGGGCAGAAACUAGGCAGCAAACUGAGCCUCCCUGUCCCCAUCCUCUCACUGGAGGCUGGAACACCUCCCCUGGGGACACCUACUGCUUUACGGGGCUUCCAGGAUAUUUAGGCUCUUCCUUGGGAACGUGA